AUGGGGACGUCACAGCCUACCAUGAGGUCUAUCCUCGGAAUCUUAGUCUUGUGUCUUAUCCAGAUUUCCGCCGCGUUGAAAUUCGACCUGCCCGCCGUGAGCGGAAAGAACGAGCGAUGUAUCCGCAACUUCGUCUUCAAGGACCAACUUGUCGUCGUGACAGCUAUUGUGAGCGGUCAGAAGGGUGAUGGACAGAAGGUCAACAUGCAUAUCAAAGAUGCCCUGGGUAAUGACCACGGUCGCCCGAGGGACGUUGUAGGCGAGACGAGACAGACUUUCACUUCUUCGGAGGAUACUGCUUUCGAUGUUUGCUUCGAGAACAAGCUUGAAGGACGGUUCGGUGUUGCGAACCCUUAUCGGUCCAUUGAACUCGAUGUCGACAUUGGCGCCGAUGCUCGCGACUGGUCUAGCAUUCAGGACCAUGAGAAGCUCAAGCCCCUCGAGACUGACCUCCGCCGCAUUGAGGAGAUGGUGCAAGAAAUCGUCAGCGAAAUGGAAUAUCUUCGUGCACGUGAGCAGAAGCUGCGUGACACCAACGAGAGCACCAAUGAGCGUGUGAAAUGGUUUGCGUUUGGCACGAUGGGAAUGCUGAUUGGAUUGGGCGUUUGGCAGGUCAUUUAUCUGAGGGCCUACUUCAGGUAUGUAUACGAUAACGGCCGCGCUCCCUCAACAGCGCCAGAGCACCGCGAAUACCAGACCAACCGGCCUCCCAACCAAUAUGUGCCCAACACGACUUCUACCAUGACCAGGGACUUCCCAAAGGCCGGGGAGAAGUCCGUGCCGCCGGAAUUUGUCAGCGCCGUCGACCCCAACUACAAGCCGGCGGAUCCCUACCCCGGAAAGGUAGAGCAUUUCACGGGUGGGCGCCAGGAGACGGGCGCGCAGAAGCCAGAGCUGGGCGUAGGUGAGAUGGAGGGCAUUACGUUUAAGGUUGAGCCGCUGAAGCGCAGUGGGGAGGAUGUUUCUACUAUUCGGGCCAGGUUGUUGUAUCAGAGCCGGAAGCGAGGAAUUCUCGAGUCCGAUUUGUUGCUUUCUACCUUCGCCGAUGUUUAUCUUUCCAAGAUGAACAAAGAGCAGCUGCAGGAGUAUGACCGGUUCCUCGACGAGAACGACUGGGAUAUAUACUACUGGGCGACGCAGGACCCUCCCACCGAGGGCAACGUCGCUGAGGAUACCCCCACCGAGACCUGGAAGCGCACUGGGGCUAAGAGCGGCGAAUGGGCCCAGACGGUCGGUGCCUACAAGGCUGCUUACCGGCCCGUUCCGUCUCGCUGGGCUGAUUCAGAGGUCUUGCACCUUUUGAGACAGCAUGUGCAGGAUAACAGCGCUACUGGGUUCCAUGCUGCCAAGAGUAAGAAGACGGGUGGUGCGGGACUUGGUCGCAUGCCGAAUGUCCAGCUGGUCCUUCGCGGUACCCUCGAGGGUCACAAUGGCUGGGUUACUUCCCUUGCCACCUCUUUGGAGAACCCCAACAUGCUGCUCUCUGGCAGUCGCGACAAGACCCUGAUUAUCUGGAACCUUACCCGCGACGAGCAGGCCUACGGUUACCCCAAGCGCAGCCUCGAGGGUCACUCUCACAUCGUCUCUGACUGUGUGAUCUCCUCCGACGGUGCCUACGCUCUGUCCGCCUCUUGGGACAAGUCUCUCCGCCUCUGGGAGCUCGCUACCGGCGAGACCACCCGUACCUUCGUUGGCCACACCAACGACGUCCUCUCCGUCUCCUUCUCCGCCGACAACCGCCAGAUUGUCUCCGCUUCUCGUGACCGCAGCAUCAAGCUCUGGAACACCCUCGGUGACUGCAAGUUCACCAUCACCGACAAGGGCCACACCGACUGGGUCUCCUGCGUCCGCUUCAGCCCCAACCCCCAGAACCCUGUCAUCGUCUCCGCUGGCUGGGACAAGCUCGUCAAGGUUUGGGAGCUCGCCUCCUGCCGCCUCCAGACCGACCACAUCGGUCACUCCGGCUACAUCAACACCGUCACCAUCUCCCCCGAUGGCUCCCUCUGCGCCUCCGGUGGCAAGGACGGUACCACCAUGCUCUGGGAUCUCAACGAGUCCAAGCACCUCUACUCCCUCCACGCCGGCGAUGAGAUCCACGCUCUCGUCUUCUCCCCCAACCGCUACUGGCUCUGCGCUGCCACCGCCAGCAGCAUCACCAUCUUCGACCUCGAGAAGAAGAGCAAGGUUGAUGAGCUCAAGCCCGAGUACAUCGAGAAGGGCAAGAAGAGCCGCGAGCCCGAGUGUGUCAGCUUGGCCUGGAGCGCUGACGGCCAGACUCUGUUCGCUGGUUACACUGACAACAAGAUCCGUGCCUGGGGUGUCAUGUCGAGGGCAUAA